AUGGCCGAGACGUCUGCCUGGGCACAUGCUGCCAGACUGAGCGAUGCCAGGAAAAUGGAGCAAAUCGAGCAGUUACUACGCGGAGCUGUUGCGGCGACAAAUGGCAGCCAGCAACGCUCUUUGUCUUCGGGGCGCCACCCACGGCUUGGGGGAGGCAACGCUUUGCAGGGCCAACACCAAGCAGCGUCAGGGGCGUUCUACGGUGACUUGGGGGGGCCGCAGGCGACCGGCCAAAGCCCACGGCCCAGGAGUGUAAGCGUCGGCCGGCGGCACCUUCAGGACAUGCACGAGCUGGUAAACGUAAUGCAUGAGAUCUCCAGCACCGGCCAAGAAAUCAGGAACAUGGCCAGGCGCAGCCAGGAGCAGCAGCAGGGACUGCUGGGUGAUGAGCGACGCAUGCCUGGCGGCUCCAGCAGUACCGACGGACGGGCUUCUGCUGGGCCGGGCAGUAAGCUCAGUGGCUCCGCAGCCACGGCAACCGCAGCAAGCGGCCGGGGCUACACAACAACAGUAUCCACGGGAGCUGCUAGCUCUGCAGCGGGGGGCAGCAGCAUUGUGGGCGGAUUGCGGGGUGCGCCCAGUGGAGGGGGCACCUCUGCUAGUGGAAAAGGCGUCGCGCGGUCGAUUCUUGGCGGCGUGGAAUCGUUAACAACGAAGCUUGAAAUGCUGGGCGGCAGACUAACACCCCGCAAAGCAUCCCCGCGCGCGGAGCAACAGCGUGACACGUCGGUGGGCCGCCGCAACCUCACCAGCAGCGGUGACGGUCCAAACCUGCGUGACAUGCUCGCAGAAGUAAAUGCGGGGCUUCUGCAGGGCAGCCGGGACCAGCGUCCUUCGGCGCCGUCUGCGGCAUCGCUGGUCCAGGGCGCGCGCCACAUGGCUUUUGACCCAGCCAGUCGGCGCGUGAGCGCGGCUAGCGGCGGAGGAGGAGGAGGAGCCGCCGCAGGCCUGUACGGUAGUACGGCAGCCUCGUUGAUUUUGGCGGACCGCCACCAGCGGGCAGAGGACAUGCUUGCAGCAGAUCGGCUGCUCGAAGAUCUUCAUGCGCAGAUCCGUAGUGCGUCAUCCGCGCUGCGCUUGAAGGUGGCGGAGGCGCGACCCCUGCUGGCGCUGGAGGGCCGGAGGCCCCCAGCCGGAGCGGCGGCGGGCCGCGGCGUCGUGCCAGUAGCGCUGCUGCCGGUGGCGGCAUGCUGCAGUCGUUCCUUGCCACGCUGUCUGAAGCCAUGCCGCCGCCGCAGACGCCGGUUGUACGGGGCCCAUCUGCUGACAGAUCGUUCCACGGCCGGUGGCGUUUCUGAGUCCACAGCCGACCUCGACGCGACGCUGGGCCAGCAGCUGCGGAACCUGGAUCGCCUGACCCGUAACAUCGGCGGCCUGGUGACACCUGAGACGGAAUCCUCCACCGGCAGCGCAGGCGUUACCAGCGCCGGCGGUGGUGGUGAGGCGAGUUCUUCCUUGCUGGCCAUGGCACGACUCGGCGACCGGCGAGACGCGCCGACAGUGGCGGCCGCUGCCACCGCCAUUGCUGCGGGCUCGGGCCCGCUUCGACGAAAUGGUACGGCGGCACCCUUUAUGCUGGGGCCCAAGGCGGCGUGGCUUGAGGACGCCGUAGCCGCGACGUCAACCCCACCAGGCUCUAAUUGGACGUCGGCGACGGUGGGGGCCAUCGCAGGCGGCGCUCCGCUAGGCCUUACCGCUGGUGCCGCAGCGCCGGUGAGCGCCCGUGGCGAUGGCAAGCCCGGGGUGAAGCCCAGUAGCAGCCAUCAUAUGGGUUCCUCAGGCGCCGGCGGCAGUGGCGCUGGGAGUGGCGGUGCCGCGCUGGCGGCUAAUAAUAAUGUGCUGCCGCAUCACCAGCUACCGCCGGGCGCGAGCCAAGGGUCUCGGCGUCCAGAGGAGGGCGUGGGAUUGGAUGGACUUAAUAUGGCCUUCCUUAUGCAGCAGCGGAAUAAGGAAAAGACGCGCAGGGAGGAGCUGGGCGCCGCAGAGGCGGCCGUUGCUGCCGCACGCGCCAGGCAGGAGGCGGCGCAGAUGCAGGCGCAGCACGACACGCUGGUGACACGCUACCUGGCGGAACGACAACGUGUGGAGUUGUCCGAUGUGGCUGCCAACACGGCGGCACAGCUUCGGGACCUGCAGUCACAGGUGCAGGACGCGCGGGCUCGCGAGGAGGUCAUGCGCCGGCAGAUGGAGCACACCGCCGCGGCCAUGUCCGACCAGGCAGCGGCCGGGGCUCGUCAACGGACCACAGUCGAGCUUGCUCUGCAGGAGUUCCUGAACCUUCUGGAGUCGGCCAGCAGCAGCAGCAGUAGCAGCAGCGCCACCGGCUCGUUGUCGGGUGGCCGGGGAUCCGGCCAGAGCGGUGUCGGCAGCCACCAAGCUGACCUGGAGUCGUUGAUUGACGCGAUGCGGCUGCGGCUGCGGGAGCAUGGCGAUAUUGCGCGGCGGCAGCGGGAGAUGCUGGAGGCGAUGGAGGCCAAGCUAGCGGAGGAGAGGGCGGCGGCGGCGGCCGCACGCGAGGCCGCCUGCUCGGAGCGCACCGGAGCAGUGACGCUGGCGACCCAGCAGGCCACCUUCCAGAAGGAUCGUGCCGAAACGCUGCAGCGGGAAAUGGUCUCCAAGCUGGAGGCCCGAGUACGGCAGGUGGAGGACGAGCGCGAACGGGCCUUGCGGCAGCGCGACACGGCGGAGAUGUCGCUGCAGGCUCAGCAUGCCCAGCUGGAGGCUGCACAGAAGCAACAGGACACCCUUGUGGGCCGUUUGUACGACGGACAGCGGGCCAGGGAGGAUGCGGAGGUCCUGCAGGCGCAGAUCCGGUCGCUUGGGAGGCAGCUGGAGGAGGCCCGUGCCGCCGCGGACCGGUCAGAUGCUCUGGAAUGCAGAGUGGUUUCGGAGCGGGAGGCGCGGGAGGAGUUGGAUAAGUUGAUAAAACUCAAGAAGGAUGCCAAGCUGGCCGCGCUGCAGUCGCAGUUGACCGAGCGCGAAGCGGCGCUGGAGAGCUCCCGGCGGCGUAUCCGGGAGCUGGAGUCCGCGGCCAACAGCGCGGUGUCAUCACGGCAGGUGGCCACGGAGGAGGUGUCCAAGCGCUCCGCGGAGGUUCGCACCCUGACAACGGAGAACGCCCGCAUGUUCCACCUUCUGGAGAAAUUGCAACAGGAGAAGCGGGCAGCCGAUGCGGAGGUCCAGAAGCUGACAGCGCAGGUUCUGACGCUGCAGCAAGACGCCGCGGCGCUGCGGACCGACCUCGCGGCAACCCGGGAUCAGCUCAACUUAGCCAGGGAAAGCAACGUCGUGCGGGACGCUACCCUAGCACAGCACCACCUCUCCGCCGACCUGGCUGCGGCACGCUCGGAAGCCGCUGCCCUGCGGGCCGCGCAUGAGGCUGCCGGCGAGUACGCUCAGGCGAUGGCUCGUAGCCUGCGCCAGCACGGCCUCACACCACCGCCGCCACCCAGCUCCGCGGACGUCACGUCACACAUCGGAGAGCUGCAGGUAAUACAGCCUUUGCCAACGCCUCCGAAAGUCGGGGAUGGGGCAAAGCUGGCCACGGAAUCCAACGCCUUGGCAGAGGCCAGGGCCGAAGCUUCGGAGCUGCGGCAGCAGCUGUCCGAUGCGCGCACCGACAUCGAGCGGCUAAGACGGGAAAGCCAGUCCCUGGCCGAGCGCUACAGCCAGCUGGAGUCAGCCCACGCCGUCAGCCAGCAGAGUUGGCAGCACUCCGCCAGCGUGGACGCGACUGCGCUGCACAAGCUGACUCAGGAACGGGACGAGCUGCAGCUGCAGCUGCACUCGAUGCAGGUGGCGGGUAACCAGGACGCCGACGAGCUGCGGAGAAAGCUGAUGCGCAUGGAGGUUCAGGUGGAGUCCCUCAGCAGCAGCAAGCGGGAGGCGGAGGAGCGCAUCCGGGUGCUCACACAGGACCUAGGGACGUUGCGCAAGGCGCUUGGGGACAAGGAGGCACAGAUGGAGGCCAUGCGACUCGCGCUAGAGGACGCCAAGAGGGCUGCAGCUCAGGCUGCCGAGAUGCAGCACCAGGCGGAGGCCCAGGUGGCGCAAGCGGAGAGAGCGCGGCUGGCAGCGGUGGCGGAAGCAGACAAAGCGCGCAGCGCAAUGGAGGCGGAACGAGCACGCGCUGCAGCGGCGGCGGAGGCAGAGGCUGCUCGCGCGCGGGAAGAGGCUGCUGUGGCGGUGGAGAAGGAGAAGGCACGUUUGGCGGAGGAGGCGGAGAAAGCGCGCGCGGACGCGGCGGAGGAGUUGGCGAAGCAGGCGGCGGAGCUAUCCCGGAUGCAGUCCGAGGUGGAGCGACUUGAAAAGGACUUGGAGGACCGUAAUGCUGAGUACGCCGGGCUGUACGACUACUGCAGCCAGAUGAUUGGCGAGCGCAACACAGCGAUAGAGGAGCGCGAUGCGCUGAGUGCAUCCGCUGCGUCGGUGGCUGCUGAGGUUGCGGCGUUGCGUCAGGAGGUGGAGGAGCUGCGGGAGGAUCUGGCGGACAAGGAGCAGCGGCUCGCUGUCAAACCCAAGAUGGCCGAGUUGCAAUACCGCAUCAACGAGCUGUCAGCCCAGGUGGCGGACCUCACAACGGAAAGGGAUGCGGCCGUAGCGGAGACAAAUCAGUUGACGGUAAAGCUCCAAGAGGAAACGGAGGCGCAUUUCCAGACGGAUGGCCGCCGGGUGCGACUGGGCGAGGAGGUGGAGCGACUUAGAGGCAUCCUCAAAAUGUACUCCAUACCCUUCUAA